AUGAUCUUAAUUUAAAAAAGAAUAAAAAUUUCAUGCUUUUACUUUUAAUACUUUAAACACUCUACUUUUUGUUGGUAUUUAAGGUUCAUUAGAAGUAUAUUCCUUUAAUUAUGGAACAUUAAAAUACUUGAGAUAAUUUACCAACCAUUAAGAUAUAAUAACCGCUGUAAAUUAUUUAAAAAUAAGUUAAAAUAUCAUUUCAACUUCUUUUGA